ACAUUAAACACUAACAAUAACAUUUAAGAAUCGCAGUUAAAGAGACGAAGAACAUUGGUUUUUCUAUGAAAAGUAAUUAAAAUCACUUUUUUACAGACUUAAGUGUUCACGUGGUGGCUCCUUCUUUUGCAGAAUAUGUGGGGGUGGUCAUAGACACGACCCAGCUGAUGAUGGACAAAACACGGAUCAUCGGAGGUGAAUCCAAGGGACCUAAAGCCAUCACCUGCACCACCACGGCCAAGGAAUUACUGACGGACAGCGCCGCAGUGGUUUUGUGUCUUCCGGGAUGCCAAGCUGUCAAGGGCUACAAAGUCAAGGGCAGCGACAUCUACUCGUUGGACUCGAUGGUGUGCGUUGCUGCCGCACACGCCGGCGUGGUCAUCCCGGAGUUGGGCGGUGUGGUGAGGGUGGUGAAGAUGCCGGGGGUCCUCUCCUUCGACGGCUCCGUGAUCAACAGCAUCUCGUCGGAGGCCGCACCUGGGGAGCCCCUCUCCUUCGUCUUCAAGGGCUGCCCCUGCGCUUAGACGUUUGGGGUCGGCCGCUCGCCCCCCCCCCCCCCCGCCCCCCCCCCCC